UCCGAGACGUUUAGUUUCAACAAACAAAUCAAACACACAAAGUUUGUGUUUCCCUUAAGAUUCACUCAAAUCUCGCAACACACAACAAAUCCUGACUCAUAACAUCUCACCCAAUCCAACAAAUCUCUUCCGAAUCUAAAAAUCCUCCAAAUGUUCUGAAUCUCACAAACCCCAUCAUGGUAGAUCCCUUACCGAGACGAUUCCUCUCUUCCCACAAGUCUCUCGUCACUGUUUUCUGGAUCGCCACUUUCGCUUCCUUAUUCAUCUGGCAAUUCGGCGGCGUUUCGACAAAUCUCUACAACGUCGGGACUGGUUUCUCCUUUUUCCGGUGGUCUUCAACCGCCGCCGCAGCCGGAGGGUUUCCGAAGCUUAGACCUGUAUCUUUCAAUCUUACGGACUUUGGUGCUGUUGGUGAUGGUGUUACGGUUAACACUGAGGCUUUUGAGAAAGCUAUUUAUAAGAUCUCGAAGUUUUCUAAGAAAGGAGGUGGACAGCUUAAUGUUCCUCCUGGUAGGUGGCUCACUGCUCCGUUUAAUCUCACUAGUUACAUGACGCUUUUUCUUCAUCAGGAUGCUGAGAUUCUUGCUCUUCAGGAUGAAAAGUAUUGGCCUUUGCUUCCACCUUUACCUUCAUAUGGCUAUGGAAGAGAGCAUCCUGGACCUCGUUAUGGAAGUUUCAUUCAUGGACAGAAUCUCAGAGAUGUUGUUGUCACAGGGAAUAACGGCAGCAUCAAUGGGCAGGGGCAAACGUGGUGGAAGAAGUAUCGCCAAAAACUGCUUAACCACACGAGAGGACCACUGGUGCAGAUAAUGUGGUCCAGUGACGUUGUUUUUGCCAACAUCACUUUGCGUGAUUCUCCCUUUUGGACACUUCACCCAUAUGACUGCAAAAAUGUCACAAUCACAAACAUGACUAUUUUGGCGCCUGUGUUUGAAGCCCCAAACACUGAUGGUAUCGAUCCUGAUUCGUGUGAGGACAUGUUAAUCGAGAACUCAUAUAUCAGCGUUGGGGAUGAUGGAAUUGCAAUAAAGAGCGGUUGGGACCAGUAUGGAACUACCUAUGGACGACCUUCAAAGAACAUACUCAUCCGCAACCUCACCAUCCGCUCCAUGGUUAGCGCUGGUAUAUCAAUAGGAAGUGAGAUGUCUGGUGGAGUCUCGAAUAUCACAGUCGAGAACAUUCUAAUUUGGAGCUCCCGGCGUGGAGUUAGGAUUAAAACUGCACCAGGACGAGGUGGGUAUGUCCGGGAUAUAACAUUCCGGAAUGUCACAUUGGAUGAAUUGAGAGUUGGCAUCGUCAUUAAAACAGACUACAACGAGCACCCAGACGGUGGAUUCAAUCCUCAAGCCUUCCCGGUACUCGAGAACAUAAACUACACAGGCAUUUACGGUCAGGGAGUACGUGUACCUGUGCGUAUCCAAGGAAGCAAAGAGAUUCCUGUAAAAAAUGUUACCUUCAGGGACAUGUCAGUAGGGAUAACAUACAAGAAAAAGCACAUCUUCCAGUGUGCAUACGUUGAAGGGCGUGUGAUAGGCACAAUCUUCCCGGCUCCGUGUGAGAACCUUGAUCGGUAUGAUGAGCAGGAACGGUUGGUGAAGCAAUCUGAUUCCCAGAAUGCAACAGAUAUAGACUACGAGAUCUGACCAAUAACAGACAUGGCUUUGGUUGGUGCCUCUACAACAUUGGAGUUUGUACAUACAAAAAGGAAUGUGGAAACCAAAGCAGACCAUAGUUCACAGUCGGAUUAAAUUGUAUUUGCACUCCACAAAGAGGAAUUUUUCCAUUGAUGAGUUAUGUUUCUAUUGAGUUCUUGUCUAUCUAGCUUUGCUAUACACAUAAAAUGGGAAUGGUGAGAUUCAAAAUUGUUGCUUUUGCAGCAAGCUGAGAUAUUGGUUUUUGUAUAGAUAGUAUCAAAAGUUCGACGUAAAUAAAAAACACUCUUCUACUUCCAA